UGUAGUCGGAACAACGCUCGUCUGGUCACACGUGAGAGCUAAAGUACCUGUUGCUGCUACAACCUUUUUACCAUGAGUGCCAGGUUCACUGUUCGGCCGACACCAGAGGAAAGACCUCAAGACCUCCCUGUUGUGCCAUGGGACGCCCUCCCACAGGAGGCACUAGCAACAGUGUUUAGUUACCUGUGUGAUGAGGACAGGUUGGAAGCGUCCCUGGCCUGUAAGGCCUGGCACACAGUCUUUCGAAUGGCCUGCCUCUGGCGUCGCCGCAGUUUUGAGUUUCGAGGAACCAAGAUGCAGCAGGGGUGUUAUGACGGAUUCCUCCACGAGCACGGACAGCACCUGCAGCACAUGAUUCUGGAGUUUGAUAAACCCAACACAGCCGUCGUACAGUGCUUCGAAGCAUUCGUGGCAACAACGAAUAAGUGCGCUGCACUCAGACUUCUGUCAAUCAAGGUUCGGCUCCUCUGGUUCGUCUCACAGCGGAAGGGAUGGUCCGGUUAUCGAACAAAGAUGGUGCGAGCCCUGUGUUCGCUGCUGAAACGGCAACCGAUGCUGCAAGAGGCCGACUUUUUCUUCUGCGAGUUCACACACAACGAGGGUCUGCAGGUGCUGAAGGCUCUCACUGGUGAUCUUCCCUUGAUGACCAGGCGGAAUAUCAUCUCUCUGAGCAUUAGAGAAUUCUUUGAACCGCGGACACUUGACAUCAGCUUGAAAACCUUCUCCGAGGUCAUGGGUCGCUUUCCCUCGCUCGCUUUCCUGUAUCUGGACCAGCACUACCUGUGUGAGGUCGUGCUGGACAAGCUCAUCACCGGCUGCGCACAAACUCUGCGCCACCUGGACAUUGUGAUGGACACGACGGUGGUGCACGCCAUCGACUCGCACACCUGGUCGCUCGCUGUCCAGCGGUGUCCGUCACUGACUGUCACAGUGAGGUUAGAGGUAAACCUUCUCUUGGAGGAGUACUCUCGUGUGCUCGUGGAGUCAAUGCCUUUGACCAGAGUGGUUCUAUGGGACAUGAGCGAGACGUGUAACCUAACAUUUGCUGACGUGGCGCGUUUCCUCGGAUAUGUCUCUGACAUUUUCUUCAACACCAUCGAGGAAGUGUGCCUAAAGGCUGAAACAUUCCUGAAGGUGGACGACGAGGCUGAGGGAUACCUGGAGAUGGAAAAGGCAGUUGUCAACCUCAUGGAGACAUGUGUACCACUAAAGAAACUUUUCUUGUCCAUCCCCCUGAAGCCAGAGACACUGGACAAACUGUCACGUGUUCUAGCCUCCCGCCUACAGAAUGAAAUGAAACGCCUGGAGGUGAUUGUAGUUGAAGAACAGAUAUCACAAGGAUAUAUCGAGACAAGAUGGCCAGCACUUCGUGUUUUGAGCCAUGAUGAGUUUCUUUACGAUGAUUAUAAAAAUUUUUGAAU